AUGGUUGGGGCUUUGGCUCCGACCAUUACGGUUUGGAUUGAACACCGCUUAAAAAAAAGAAAGUAUAACGCUGAGACUAAGGAAGUUGAGUUGAAGAAUAAAAUUACCCAGGAUAUAACUUACGAACAGUUAAAAAAAGAUAAUUUGCGAAAAAAUAUCAGCGGCUCGGUUAAACUUUUUCGAGAAAUAUCGAAUUUAGAAGACGAGUUAGAGAAGGAACAAAAUCCCGAAACUCGUCGUCGGCGUUUGGAAUUACUAGCCAAGUUGGAAAAAGCUUUCGGCCAAACUCUUGGUAAAGAAACCGAGCCGCAAGGCGAGGAAAAACCACGGUUAACUACCAAAGAAAAAAAAGAAAAAGAGAA